AUGGUGAACCGCGGCGGCGCACGUCAAAAGCAGCAGAAAAGUGGCGAGUCAACGGCAGAGUUGGAAAAUUGGAUAUACUCGAGUUUCGCGAGUCGACUAGCCUGCGCCUGGAUCGAUAUCGACAAGGAUCGCGUGCCGAUAUUUUUGCAAAACUCGAACAGCCUCUUUCUCUACGUCGGGGCGAAGGACGACGACAUCGGCGUAAAAUUCGUCGAAGAUCUCAAGGGCCUGACGGUGAAUUUUCCAGCACCGACUCGAGUUCUGCUGAUAAUGUUUAAUCGUAAAAACGAUUUCACCGCGAGAUACCAGGAUUUAUUGGAGCAAUUCUGGCAAGAGCAAUUAGUCGACGUGACGAUUAUCGGCAUCGCAUUGAGAGUCUCGUCGAAGCAGCGCCGUAAAACAAUGAUCGAUCGCGAAACGGAUUACGCCGCGACGAUACACCACUACAAUCCCUUCGCUCGUGCUCACACGAAUCGAGCCCUCGACUCGUCCAGCAGACUGUUUCCCGAAAAGUUGGACGAUUUUCACGGGCUGAAGCUGCGCGUGGGAUUCGUCGAGCAUCCGCCCUACUCGUGGCGCAGCCCGAAGUCGCGAAAAAUGACGGGCUUCGUCGGGCUGCUGCUCGAGACGAUUCAGCGCAAGUUGAAUUUCAGCGUCGAGAUGGAUUUCCGGCCGAUGUCGGAUCACGGCGUACUGCUGGCCAACGGCUCGGCCACCGGACUGCUGGGCGAGGUGGCGCUCCCCAAGUGCCACCUGGACGUCUUCGCUUACGGAUCUUUUCUCCUUCACGUCGAUCAUCCUCUUCUGGCAGACAGAACGACUUGGAUCUCGUUGGAGCGAAUCUGCGGCCUGGUACCUCUGAUAAAGAAGCCGACUUUCCAGCUGAGCAAGGGCAUCCAGUGGUCGCUGCUGGUGAUCCUCUGCCUCGUCGUCGUGGUCUGGCUUACGUCCAUUCUGCUGCUGGCCAAGUACUGGCGACCGCUGGACAUAGCCCAGCUGAUGAUGGGCUCGUCGAUAUACGCCCGAGCCACGACGCUUCGCGAGCGACUCAUCUUCGGCUGCGUCCUGGUGGUGGGUUUGUUCUACUCCUCGUCGAUGCUCGCCCAUCUGACCAGCCUGAAUCUCGACAUGGCCGCGUACAAGAGAUUCGAGUCGUAUCGCGAGCUCGACGAGUCGGGCCUCGUUCCAUUCGUACAUCCCAAUUUGAUGAACAUGACUUUCAGAUCCGGCAACGACCCCACGCUCCACAGAUUGGGCCGAAAGGCGAUCCAGCACACGAACACGGACACGUGCUUGGGCUGGCUUCUGGGCCAGGCCAACGUCAGCUGCGUCAUGGGCCAGUACAGGAUCUCGUACCUGCUGAAUCGCAACGCGGACCGCGCGAAACAGGCCAAGCCCUGCUUCUGGACGGCCUACAGGGCCUUCAGCCUGCGCAAGGGCUCGCCCUACACGCCGAGCUUCAAUCGAAUCAUUCGCCGCGUCCAGGAGGCGAAAUUAGACGCCAAAUGGAACCACAUGUACCGUGAGGAGGCUUCCGAGUUGAGCGACGAUAGCUCCGGCGAGGACAAAAAGGUGCUGUCGGAUAGUCUGAGGGACAACUCGUACAGGAGCGUCUUUGUUCUGCUUCUCGCGGGUUACGUGCUAUCCGUUGCAGUUUUUUUCGCGGAACUGGCCGUCGAACAUUUCCACGCGAAGCUGCAGCGCCGAUGUCAGUGGCUCCGGCGACGAAAAACAAUUUCAACAAAAUAAUCGUGUACUUUUUCGUCCCCCCUUCGUAAAUGCGUACUUUCUUUA